CUUUGUUAUUGUCACAAAGAAAAAUGGCGAUCGAGGAUGCAUUCCGGGAUCUCACUGCCACACAGCGACAAGCAGCGCUGGAAGGCCCCGCGCUCAUGCCACCGCCAGGCGUAACCCCCAACUUCAUCAAUCCACCGAAUCAGAACAAGCUGGGCUACGGGUUGAUCUAUUCCUGCGCUGUUGUGUGCGCUGCCGUUGUGUGCAUCCGCUUGUAUGCGAGUCUCAUCUGUAGAAAGAAGAUGAAUAUCGAAGACUACUUGGCCAUAGUAGCCUUGGGAGUGACUGGCGGAUUUCUCUACAUCUCGUUUCGCAUCCUCCUUGUGCCUGGUCUCUACGUGCACCAAUGGAACGUCCAGCUCAAAGAUCUUGCUAUGAUACUUUUCAACGUCAACAAUAACUACAUACUCUACGGCAUCAUCAUCAUGCUCCUCAAAGCUGCGAUCCUCCUCGAGUGGACGCACCUCUUCGUUCCACUCGGCAUCCGCAACGGCUUUUGGUGGACUUGCCAUGCCAUUCUAUGGGCAAAUGUCAUGUUCUACAUUGCAUGCACUGUCGUGGAGAACUUCAGCUGCGCGCCGCGCGAGAAGAUCUGGAACAAACUAAUCGAAGGCCACUGCGUGAACAACCCGGCCCUUAUCAUGUCGUCUGGGAUACUGAAUAUGGUGUCUGACGUCGUCAUCUUUGCGCUGCCGCAGAAGAUGAUCUGGAGCCUACAUAUCUCGACGAGAAAGAGAGUGGGUAUCUGCUUACUUUUUGCGACGGGCGCUUUUGGAUGCGUUUGCGGUGCUGUACGACUCGUCUGGACAACGAAAGCGCUAGGCGCAGACGACAUAACUUUCAACGUUGGACCCAUCGGACUCUGGAGCGUGGGAGAACUGACGUCCGGAUUCCUCGUCUUAUGCGUGCCAUCCUUCCCCAAGGUGUUCAAAGACUCAAUAAUCGCUCGCAAGCUCGCUAGUCUCGCGAAUCGCCUCAGCGGGGCUACCAGAUCCAACGGAAUGAGCAACUUGAGGCACGGACUACCGUCGUGGUAUCGACCCAGCGCGCCGCGCAGACCCCAGCGUUCGCAGUUUAGUGAAAUUGAGGAGUUUACGGUGCCUGUAACUCAGCCCCAGAGCUGUAUGGCGUAUGGUGACCUACCACGAGACGAUUCGGGAACACGUGGGCUGGGUAUGGUGUUCAAAAACGCAGUCAGCGAAGAUUAG